AGGCUCCGCUCGACGCCGACACUCACGAUGGUUGGGCCCACAUCCUCACGCCCGCCCAGCAGAGACGCCUAGUCCCGGAGGCGGGGCGGGAGACGGCAGUGUGGGCGGGGCGGGGCGGGGCGGGGCGGAACCGAAGCGACGGCGGAGGCGGAAGCGGCGGCCGGCUGGGCGGGCCAAGGGGCUGGCCCGGAAGGAGGAGAAACCCUGAAAAGAAAACAGCAACAAGCUGAGCCGCUGUGACAGAAGGGAACAAGAUGGCGGCGCCGAAAGGGAACCUCUGGGUCCGGGCCCAACUGGGGCUCUCACCGCUGCUGCUGCUGACCAUGGCCCUGGCCGGAGGCUCGGGGACCGCUUCUGCCGAAGCGUUUGACUCGGUCUUGGGUGAUACUGCGUCCUGCCACCGGGCCUGUCAGUUGACCUACCCCUUGCACACCUACCCCAAGGAAGAGGAGUUAUACGCAUGCCAGAGAGGUUGCAGGCUGUUUUCAAUUUGUCAAUUUGUGGAUGAUGGAAUUGAUUUAAAUCGGACCAAACUGGAAUGUGAAUCUGCAUGUACAGAGGCAUAUUCCCAAUCUGAUGAGCAAUAUGCUUGCCAUCUUGGUUGCCAGGAUCAGCUGCCAUUUGCUGAACUGAGACAGGAACAACUCAUGUCCCUGAUGCCAAAAAUGCAUCUCCUGUUCCCUCUAACUCUGGUGAGGUCAUUCUGGAGUGACAUGAUGGACUCUGCACAGAGCUUCAUUACCUCUUCAUGGACUUUUUAUCUUCAAGCUGAUGAUGGAAAAAUAGUUAUAUUCCAGUCUAAGCCAGAAAUUCAGUAUGCACCACAGUUGGAGCAGGAGCCUACAAAUAUGAGAGAAUCAUCUCUAAGCAAAAUGUCCUAUCUACAAAUGAGAAGUUCACAAGCACAUAGGAACUACCUGGAAGAUGGAGAAGGCGAUGGCUUUUUAAGAUGCCUCUCUCUUAACUCUGGGUGGAUUUUAACCACAACUCUAGUCCUCUCGGUGAUGGUUUUACUCUGGAUUUGUUGUGCAGCUGUUGCUACAGCUGUGGAGCAGUAUGUUCCUCCUGAGAAACUGAGUAUCUAUGGUGACUUGGAAUUUGUCAAUGAACAAAAGCUAAGCAGAUAUCCAGCUUCUUCUCUGGUGGUUGUUAGAUCUAAAACUGAAGAUCAUGAAGAAGCAGGGCCUCUACCUACAAAAGUAAACCUUGCUCAUUCUGAAAUUUAAGCUUUUGUUAAAAAAAAGUGUCAUCGACAUGUAAAUUUCCAUUCCAUUCUCGUAGAGCUGUUAAAAAUGGUUUCAUUGGAUAGGCCUUAAGAAAUCAUUAUGACUUGCAAAUAAAGUUGCCCAAAUCUGUGAAGACUGUAUUUGCUGUAACUUUACCUGUAUUUUUUUUUCUAGUAAUUUAAGACAUGGGCAUUUUGGGUUAUAUUUUUAUUUUACUAAUAUCUAUAGCUACUUCCUAAGUUUCAUUGGUUUUGGUUUUUUUCCUUUUUUUAGCUGAUCAUUGUUCUUCCUCCCCUGCUGCCAUGAUACUGUUAAUUCUCUUAGUUAAUAUAGCUGAAUAUUUAGUAGGAUGUGAUGCUUCUGGUCAGAAAGGGCCCACAAACCUGUAAUUUGAAAAUUAGCAGAAAAUGCCAUUUAAUGACACUACAUUUUCAGUUGUAUUGAGCUGAAAUCAUUAAAAAUUUUAUUUGAAUAAUUAUGUACUGAA